ACUGUACCUGUCACCCCUGCUUCCGAUAUUUAUUCCUCUUCAUUCCUCCGUUCGACUGGAGACGAUGUGGCACGUCGCUGCUCCGCCGGAGUGAUGUCGCCUCAUGUGUCCCGCACGGGGUUCGGAGCUCGCAGACCAAACGUCACGUCUCUGGCUUCAUGUUCGGCUCAGACGAGGAGAGACCCCGCGACGCGAAGAAGCUGCUGGCGGAACUCCUCCUGGAAUUGAUCACCCGCCGCGACUCCGACCGUCUUCUUCGUCACUGCAGCAGCAGCAGCAGCAGCAGCGGCGGACUCUGCCCGAUACAAAGUCCUUCAGUGAGGAUGUAUCGCAAGAAUGGGCUCUUUGAUGGCACCAGCAUCAAUUCAGUUACUUCGGAGGUGAGCAGCAGCUCUGACUCUCUGGAUGGACCUUGUGUGGACUAUGCCAAGAGCUAUGAUGCCGUCAUCUUUGAUGUGCUGAAGGUGACACCUGAAGAGUUCGCCAGCCAAAUUACGCUGAUGGAUGCACCAGUCUUCAAAGCAAUACAGCCAGAGGAGCUGGCCAGCUGUGGAUGGAAUGGGAAAGAGAAGCACAGUUUGGCUCCCAAUGUGGUCGCAUUCACACGUAGGUUCAACCAGGUAAGCUUUUGGCUGGUGCGGGAAAUCUUAACUGCCCAGACGCUGAAGAUCCGUGCGGAAAUACUGAGCCAUUUUGUUAAAAUAGCAAAGAAACUGUUGGAGUUGAACAACCUUCAUUCCCUUGUGUCGGUUGUGUCCGCUCUGCAGAGCGCUCCCAUCUUCAGACUCAGCAAAACCUGGGAGCUAAUCAAUCGGAAAGACAAGGCCACAUUCGAGAAGCUAAACUAUCUGACGUCCAAGGAAGAGAACUACACCCACAUGAGAGAAUACAUCCGCUCCCUGAAGAUGGUGCCCUGUAUUCCAUACCUUGGGAUCUACUUGUUGGACAUGAUCUACAUCGACUCGGCAUAUCCUGCGUCAGACAGUAUCAUAGAGACGGAACAGAGGACUAAUCAAAUGAACAACCUUCUGAGGGUCAUCUCCGACCUGCAAAUGUCAUGUAACUAUGAUCAUCUUGUGAUGCUGCCACAUGUCCAGAAGUAUCUGGUGUCAGUUCGCUACAUAGAAGAAUUGCAGAAGUUUGUAGAGGAUGACAACUUCAAAUUGUCACUGAAGAUUGAACCUGGAAACCGUUCCCCUCGCGUUGCCUCCUCUAAAGAAGACUUGGCAGGUCUGUCUGAGGUAUCUACCUCUCUCAGGUAUAACCGACGUCCUACCUGCCCCGAUGCCUCUGUGGGGGUUCGCAUACCCACCCCUCCUUCCUCCCACCACAGGAAGAGCCAUAGUCUGGGAAACAGUAUGAUGUGUCAGUAUGGCAUGUCCGAGAGCAGGAGUGCCACGUUUCCUAUAGAGAAAGCACGACACCUGCUAGAUGACAGCUUCUUAGAGUCUCAGAGUCCCGUCAGAAAUCAUCCACACAGCACAUCUGUGUCCAACGGCCUGUCACUAGGCAGCAGUGAAAGCUCUUUUGGGGAGGAACUGUCACCUGGGAUGGAGAGGGGCCGCAUGUAUGCAACACUGGGCCCCAACUGGAGGGUCCCACUUCGCAACCCCCACCGGCGCUGCAGCUAUUUGUACAGCUCCUCUGCCGGGAACUCCUGUUAUGGAUGCAGCGAGGCGGGCGGUGCGACCCUUGAAGGACCGCUGCGAAGGAAAACACUGGUGAAGGAGGGGCGGAAACCCAAGUUGUCUUUGUGGACCAGAUUUUGGAUCGCUCUGUCUGGAUCAACCCUGACCUUCUAUGGUGCGAAGUCACUGAGGGCUUCUGAGAGGAAACAUUAUAAAUCCAACCCCUGUAAGAGGGUGUGUGUGACUGGAUGGAUUGUGGUUCUGCCAGAUGAUCCGUCCAGACCGAACAUCUUCCAGCUCAAUGACCCAGACAAAGGUCGGUGUCACACCCCCGCCCACCAGAGCUCCUUGUGUUGUCUUUUUCCAUCUUUUCAUUUACUUUUCAGGUCGUCUCACAGUCCUUUGUGUCACUUCACAGGCAACGCUUACAAGUUCCAGACAGGAUCCCGGUUCUCAGCCAUCAUCUGGCACAAAAACCUGGAGGAGGCUUGUAGGAGCUGUAGACCUCAGAUACCAGCAAACCUCAUGUCAUUUGAAUGAGAGCAGACCUUACCUACCCUGUGGGGACAUUAUUGUGCCAAAGCCAUUUGUCUGAGAAGUAAAGACAACACAUGAAUGGUAUUCAUUGACAUGGGAAACACGCAUCUGGAGAAGCUCUUUGACACUGGAUGUGUGACUGUAUAGGCCAAGUGAAAUGUCAAUUCUGGAAAAUCCCAGGAGAACUCUGGUGAGGCAGUCCCUGUGUUUCUGUCCCUAUGCUGUUAUUUAUUAUACUGCUGUUAACAUGUGAGCAAGCACAUGGUGUUUGGCCAAUGUCAGGUUUCUGCUUUACUGAAAAGACACAUUGGUGCACAAACGUGGACAAAAAAAAAGACGUUGAUCUUCGGUUUACAGAGCAGUGUUAUACAGCCUUAAAAUGGAGUUCAGGUUUUCCAAAUGAAAAGAUGAAAAAGACGCCCCUCUUGUUUCAUUUGUGAAUUCAUGGAGCUGUUAUUGCACGACGACUGAGAGAAACACAGAUACCUAUUCGUUUCUGUUGUCUACAUUUCAACGUCAAGUUGAGGAAGAAGAGGAAGAAACAUGCCAACUGUUGAUCUAGAAUCUUUCAGAAAAGACGUGGAGUGGCGAGCAGGAGAAACAUGACCCUGUUUAAAAGACUUUGGUAAUUAUCAUUAAGGAUCAGCACUGCAGCACCUUCCUCCUCCGACAUCUAGCUGGACUGAAUCUGUUCCCAAAAGAUCAUUUAGAGUCCUACUUGAACCAGUCGUACGGUAAAUGGGCUGCAUUUAUGAAGUGCUUUUCUAGUCUUAUCGACUACUCAACGCAUUUUUACAGUACAGUUGAAAUUCACACACACUUAUACAGUGCUUCUAUAUGUGGCGCGCAUCUCAUUCACACAUUGCUGGCACAGCCUUCAGUGGCAACCUGGGGUUCAGAGAAGGACACAGUCUGGAAUCAAACUACUAACUUUGCAAUUAGUGGACGGCCCCCCCAUUGAGAGCCAUGAGUUGCGUCGGUAAGGGUUUGUCAUGAAUUGUUCAUUAAAUGAGGAAGCCGCCCAGCGGCCUGUGCCAUGACGGUUUCAACAAACCCUGGAUUCACUUUUCAACAUCUGGCUUCACUGAGUCGUCCUGACGACCUGCACUACAGAGCUGUUAAACUGGCAAACUUUACUCCGGGUUUAUUUUUAUUUUUGACCUGCUAAGAGCCCCAACACAUGGAUGUGGCAAAGUCACGAACUACGAGCAACUUCAUCAGAACCGUGAAUAAAUUCUGAUGAAGGGUCAGCCAAAAGUGACAUGUGACAUAUACACAAUAUGAUCACAUGACUAGAAUUGAUGAUUUGAAAUCAAAUCCAGUAAUUGAAGUCAGGCUGGGGAUUUACAUACUUUAAACAAGCACAGAAUUGUAAUUAGUUGUAUGAGUAUUUUUUGCUUUUUUGUCUGAUGAAAUCAUGAACUUGUGAUGACGAUACAAAAAAAAAAGGGAAGUCACGUCACAUUGUUUCAGUUGUCAAAACGGAGAUAAGUAGUUAAUGUGUGAUGAGCUCAGUCUGACUGAAAUGUUUGUUUAUAACCCUGGGGAAUAUUGAAAAGUGUGUGGUCAUUUUUCUAAUAAAACACAUUUUUAUUUCUCAUGUUCUGAUCUGCACUGGUACAAUAAAGCAUCAACAAUGUCGGAAAUUCUGUCACAAUCAGAUCAUCUUUGUUGAAUUCAAAAGAAGUUGUGAUCGCUGUGAUGUAUUUAUUGUGUGAUAAACUCUCCCUGUUCAUUCGAGGCUCUGGGUGGAACAGCCUUUUGUCCCAGUCAGGAUCCUGUAGAAAGAUGAACCAGGUUUUCUAGUGAUCUGAUUGGCCAGUAGUUGGGCCGUUGACAGGUUUUGAUCUCAUCUCGAAGCAUUAGUUACCAUGGUGAUUUAUCCUGGUAAGAGGAGAAGAGAACCAGCUCCGUAGGACGGGAAACCCGAAGUUAAACUCUGAUCUCCAGCAGAUGGACCCUACGAAAGGGGCUCUUUUAAAUUAACCUGCUCCAAAAUAAAUGUAUUGAAUUUAAAA